GUCCAGAUCAUCAGUCAAUCAUGAAGGAGGAGGAGAAAGGAGUGUCGGCACGCGCUUGGGGGUGGGGGCUGUCAAUCUACGACCCCCAUGUGCAGAGCGAGCAUUCAAUCAUUUAAUCUGGAAUCGAUAAUAUUGAUAAUCCCCCAUAAAGUUUUAUUUUCCCAGAUGCUGGUACCCUACAGCCACACACCCCCAGACCAUCACACUCCCACCGCCGUGUCUGUGACGUUCUGGUUGAAUCUGGACCUUCUGUUCUGCUUCUGCCUCCUGGUCUGGUCAGGGAUCAACCGGGAGCGCUUCUGCCCGUCCGUCCGCUCCACCAUGUACUGCGCGCGUGCCUGCAUAGGCCUGACUUCCCGCCGCUCGGAGACGUUCCUGCGCGCGUGGAGACUCCAGAGCCGCGCGGCGGGCGCCGGACCGGACCUGAGCGGCAUUUACCCGCCCAUCGCCACGCCGUUCACCGCCAAGGAGGACGUGGACCUGGAGAAGCUGGAGGAGAACCUGCAGAAGUACGCCGACAUUCCGUUCAGAGGUCUGGUGGUGCAGGGCUCCAACGGCGAGUAUCCGUACCUGACGGAGGCGGAGCGGGUGGAGCUGGUGAGGACGGUCCGGCGGUCCCUGCCGCCGGGUCGGCUGCUGAUGGCCGGGUCGGGCUGCGAAUCCACCAGAGCCACCGUCCAGCUCACGCAAAAGAUGGCGGCCGCCGGCGCAGACGCCGCCCUGGUGGUGACCCCCAGCUUCUACAAGGGCAAGAUGGACGGCCGAGCUCUGAUUCACCACUUCACCAAGGUGGCGGACAGCAGCCCGGUUCCGGUGGUUCUGUACAGCGUUCCGGCCAACACGGGUCUGGAUCUGCCGCUGGAGGCCGUGGUGGAGCUUUCCCAGCACCCGAACAUCCGAGGCCUCAAAGACAGCGGAGGAGACAUCACUCGGAUCGGCCUGAUUGUUCACAAAACCAAGAUGGAGGACUUCCAGGUCUUGGCGGGCUCGGCUGGCUUUCUGAUGGCGGCCUACUGCGUCGGUGCGGUGGGCGGCGUGUGCGCGCUGGCUAACGUGCUGGGCCGCCCGCUUUGCGAGCUGGAGCGUCUGUGCAGGAGCGGCGACUGGGACGAGGCUCGAGUCCUGCAGCAGCGCCUCAUCGAGCCCAACGCCGCCGUGACCAGAAAGUUGGGAGUUCCCGCCCUCAAGCAGGCCAUGGAGUGGUUUGGUUUCCACGGGGGCGCCUCCAGAUCUCCUCUUCAGCCGCUCACGGAGGCGGAGACUCAGCAGCUGAGGCGGGACUUCUCCUCCUACGGGUGGCUGUGACAGGAAACCACGUUUUCACGACUUCCUGUUCUUAAGAAAAUCUGAAGAAUUCAGGAUUUUGAGUCUGAAUGAACGAUCCUGGUUCCAGCUGUGAAGGUGUUGGAGAACGUCAGGAACUUUGUGACCUGCUGGAACUUUGUCUUUUCAUGUUCUGAUCCAGUUUGUUAGGAAAGAAUUGAAUGUUUGAAAACUUUAGAAAAAAAAUCCAGAUGAUUUAAAUUAUGGGUUGAUUCUUUAUUAAUUAAAUCUAAUCUGCAUUCCAACA